AUUUGUCCACCUCUAACCUGUGGAAAUUUCCGCAAAACAAAAAUACAAAAAAAAGAAAGGAACAGAAGAAAUUUGUAACGCGAAGAGAAAUGCACAAAAGUGCGCCACCUUGGCAAACAACGCCCAUUGGGGCCAAUGAUGACAUGGAUCUCGAUGCCAACGUAGCAGUAAUAGCAGCAGAGGAAGUGGCAACACCAGCAUCCAGAAAAUCAGUGAUAAGAUUUCCCCUUCAAGACAAACAACCCGCCACCCACCACCACCACCGACCCACCAAGCUGCCAGGCCUGUGGCUAAUGUUGUUCGGUGCUCUGCUGGCGUUUUCCCCCAGAGACAGCCUGGCCACACACAUCAGUGGAGAUUUUCACACAGAAGAUUUUUUUCAAUUUCUUAUGAAAUUUGGUUUCCAAAAGGCUGAUCCGCCCACGCGUCGUGAUGCCUUCGGCUAUGUCUAUGGCAAUAUCAGUUCCACGGAUAAUUAUAGUCAACCCGUGACAUUGGUCGUCCUAGACAAGUCGACAUUUGUGGAUUUCUAUGGCAAUCGCAGCUAUCGAAGUCGGGAGCAUGCCUGCUCCAGGAUGUUUAGUCGCCUUCAGCAUUUGGCUUAUGAUGUGCACUGUAAUCCAAGGGGCAAGCGGGAUUUCAUUCGUCACGUGCCGUGUACCAAGAGCGAACUCUGUGUGGAUGAGGAUGCUCCAAGUAAUGUAAUAGUUGGACAUCAGUUUACGUACGUUAUCAAUUUGGAAGCAGAGCCACGCUUCUGGUAUGUGGCUUUGGUAGCUUGUUAUCAGAAUCAAAGCACCUGCCAAUGGCAUGCCCACGAGACUCUGUCCAGUAGGAGCAAGAGCGCUUCCAGUCUGCUUACUACUCUCCAUUAUGACAUCCAUUUGGUCAAUGUGCAUCCAAAUAACUCAGCUGCACAUCCGCUAACGUUUCAAUACUCUUACGAUCAGCAAAAUUUGCUGGAAAUGUAUCUAAUCUUUCUACUCGUCUACAUUAUACUCCUGCCCAUGCAAAUUUAUGCGGUGCGAAGGCAAAAGCAUCCCGUGACCAAGUUGUUCACCCUGAGCCUGCUCAGCGAAUUUGUUAGCCUGGCCCUGAUUACAGUCCAUUUGAUUCGUUAUGCAGCCAAUGGUGAGGGUGAGCCAAAUAUGCAAGCUGCUGGCGAUGUCUUAGAUAUAUUAAGUCGGACGACAUUCAUGUUAAUUCUACUCCUAUUGGCCAAAGGCUGGGCCGUGACCCGGCAACAAAUCAGUCGUACAGGCUGGAUCAUCUUAAUGUCCAUUUGGGUGCCAUAUUGUGCAUUCCAUAUAUUUCUCUAUAUCUGGGAUAGGACGGAGGUCGACAUCAUUUCAGAUAUCGAUGAAUAUCAAACAUGGCCAGGUUGGAUUGUGCUAAUCCUGCGCACCUCGUUCAUGAUGUGGUUCCUAUAUGAGCUAAGAAAUACCAUGAAAUAUGAGCAUUCCACAAAAAAAUUAGAUUUCCUUUUACAUUUGGGUGCUUCCAGUUUGGUUUGGUUCAUCUAUUUGCCCAUUGUGGCCAUAGUGGCCCUACAAGUGAGCCCCAUGUGGCGCUAUAAACUGUUGCAGGGCAUAACCAAUUCGGCAGAUUGCAUGGCCUACUGUAUUAUGACUGGUCUGCUGUGGCCCAAUCGAGCUGGCCAAUACUUACUCCUAGCGGGCACUAAAUAUGCAGGAAUGGAUGAGCUAGAUGAGUUUAAUGAAGCUCCACACAUUGUAAGGGAACGAGAACGUCGUCGAAAUUCCCCGCCAGAUGAUAUUUCCAUAGAUGGCUCACUUGGCGGUGUAGGUGGAGGAAGAGGUGUUGGAGGUGGAGGAGGAGGACGUGGCAUGGUCUUAUCUACUAGCAUACCACACUCCCUCAAUGGUGAUGCCUGUAAUGAUCUACUCGAGGCCGAAGAUUUGAAUGCCGAAUUACUCACCGAUCUUAACAAGAAUAGCCAUAUAGUGGCAUAGGCUAUACACGCAGCAACCGGGUUAAUUACUACUUUUAGUGGACAAAAUGUGCUAAAGUUCUGAAAACAAAACGAAAAACAAGGAUGUUAAUCAUACCAUAUAGAUAUAUAAAUGUCCUAUAAAUAUAGUUUGUAGCCGCCUACAACGAAAGUCAAAGAAAGUUAGUGACAGAAAGAGAUUGUUGUGUGAUUUUUUAAAUGUAAUAUGCUUGAAUUUAAUAUUAAUGUCAAAAACAAAAACCUCGAUAUAAGCAAAAUCUAGUUUAUAUAGUACAUAUAUACAUAUAUAUAUAGAAAUCUGCAUCAUAGAACGACGACUACGCUUGAAAAAAAACAGAAGAUUUAUUUCGUUGUGGUAUUAUAAGUUUACGCCUAGACAUUUUCCUAAUUUUUUUCGCUUAGUAUAUAGAGCAGCAGCCAUUGUUCUUCAUUCAUUAUUUGUCGAUUUGUCAUCAACCAAAAUAGUUUGAUAAGAGCAACAACUAAGUGAAACAACCAAUAACAAGAAAUGAAAUUUGAUAUACAUAGUAGCGAAAACAACAACAAAAACAAUAAAAUAAAAAUCAAUCAUUUUAAAAA